AGAAAAUAACGCGACGCAUGAGCCAACAAUUGAAUAACGCUUUGCCACAUGCUUCUGUAACAAGUCAAGACAAAGACUUGUGUUUAGAUAAAUUCACGAACCCACCACGCACAAUGUAUGACGAGAUUGGACAAGAGGAACAACAAGUCUAUCUCUCUCUCAAGUCAGCACAAGAAAAUAAUGACUGGAAAAGCCUUGUUUAUCGUUUACAGGCAGAAAAUGCAACACUGGUUCAAUCUUUACACGAAACAAAUACCGAUUUAAUGCAUGCUCGAAAGGAGAAUGAAGAAUUACAACAUUUCAUUCAACGACAACAAGACAGCGCAAAUACCCGCCAAGACCAGCUCUUGGACCUGAUUUUCCAAAAGCAGUUUUUAAUCCAAGAAAACAAGGCUCUUUCCGACAGCCAAAAGGAGAUGGAUACUUAUUUUGGUACACACCAUCAGAGAGACCCUUUAUUUAAAUGGCGAUCGUGUGUUCAUGCUUUAAUUGCUAUCCAACGAUUCAAUAAGAUUCUAAUUUGAUUUUUUUUUUUUUUUUUUUUUUAUUACUUUUUUUUUUUCCCUUUUUUUUUUAUUCUUCUGUAAAAU